AUGUAUAUCGGCCUGUGGCUGUCCCGUCUGUCCUUGACCAGAGGAAUCAGUUCGCUUCCCCCUCCUCCCUCUGGACAGCAUGUUUUCGCAGCGUCGGCGACCGGCGUGUCCAUCCUGAAACUGGGCGAUGACCUGUCUUUGUGGGAGUUAGGGUUUUACGACAGCAUGACCACGUUCGGAGAGCCAACCUCGGUUGCAUACAACCCGGUUUUCGACGAGGUCGCCAUCUCCGUCAGGGCAUUUGACCCGCUGACGAGGGGCAGGGUCUACGUGGUGAAGUCGUGCGAGGAUUGGAUAUGGUGCGACUUCUGCGAUGACGAUGUCCAGAUCCUUGAAGCAGGGUUUUUACCAGACAUGAUCACGUUCACGCCCAACGGCAAGCGUAUCCUUACGGCCAACGAAGGAGAACCGCUGAACUACGUGAGCGCGGAGAAUGAUCCGGAAGGGUCCGUUUCGAUCUUCAAGCGUACGACGAAAGACAACACGUAUGCGACUGCGUGCGAAGUAGGGUUCGAGAAAUACAACACCGCCGAUCGCACCAACAGGCUCGUCGAUGGAGGCAUGCGUGUGGGUGGCAUGAACUUCACCACGCUCUCAAUGGACGUGGAACCCGAGUACAUCGCCGUGACGGAAUUUGGCACAACGGCCUACGUCUCGUUGCAGGAAAACAACGCGGUGGCGAAGAUCGACAUCAAGGGCUGCGAGGUCAAGCGCAUGUACCCCCUGGGAUUCAAGGAAUGGGGUGACGACAUGAAGUUCGACGCUUCGGACGAGGACGGCAUGAUUAACCUGCAGGAGUGGCCCACGGUUAGGGGAAUGUACAUGCCCGAUGCUAUCACUACUUUCAAGACUGGCGGAAGGCGCUAUUUCCUAACUGCGAACGAGGGUGAUGGUCGUGAAUAUGGUGAAGAGGACACAGAAGAAUUUUUCACCGACGAGAUCCGAGUGGAGGACCUCGCAACCGAGUUGGGCCUCGACGCCACCAUGACUCCCUACACUCCGGAAGCUCUCGGCAGGCUGAAGGUGACAACCGCCGGGCCCAUUGACGGCAGCAUCGACGAGCUGUACGCCUUCGGCGGCAGGUCUAUUUCGAUCUUCGACGGCAAGACUGGAGAGCUGGUGUGGGACAGCGGAGACUUCAUCGAGCAGUUCACUGCCGACCCAGCCAACGGCGUCAGCGACAUCUUCAAUUCGAAUGGCGGCGUGGACACGUUCGAUGGCCGCAGCGACGACAAGGGCCCCGAGCCCGAAGGCCUCGCUAUGGCUGAGAUCGACGGCAGCAUUUACGUGUUCGUCGGCUUGGAGCGCAUCGGCGGGUGGAUGUGCUGGGACGUAACGGACGCCACGGCUCCGGUGUUCCAGUCGUACGUCAACUCGUACGAGGAGGACACGGCCCCCGAGUCGGCCACAGUCAUCUCGGCGGACAUGUCUCCCAGCGGCAACACCCUGCUGGUCGCCGCCUACGAGGAAAGCAACACCCUCGCUGUCUUCGAGCUCACGAUCACCCAUUGAUCGUGGGCGCACGUUGAACAGAGCUACCGCUCCUUUUUUGGCGGUACUUCGUUUUUUUUUUUUCUCGUCUUGGUUCGAAAAAGUGUAGAUAUCGUCUUAUCGGACGUGUUAGGAAACUUAAUUGUAUCGAUAUGCUGGCGCAGGUAUAAGAGAAUCCCCAACCGUUAAUAUGUGGGACGCACAACUGCGGUUGGGAGGGCGAUGGAUGAACGCAUAGCAAGACAUCCACCAGGCUUAAUGUGUUAGAGGCGGCAGUAGAAUCAACCCUAUAUAUAUAUAUAUGUAUCGUUACCAUGUACAGCAUUUCCCUCCAUUGCAUGCCGCCAUUAACUGAUGCGGGGAAAAUUGCCCGAUGUUGUGAGUUCUUCUUUGAUUGUCUUUCUUUAUUAUUUUCGCUGGCGUGCCUUGUAUUCCACAAGCGGUCGGAUUCCCUGCCAUGUGUCGGCGUGAAAUGGGGGAGGGAGUCCUCUUGGGGAGAUCUUGGCAUGGGACUCUCCGGCAUAUAUACGUGGGAUACAACGUGGUUGUUUUUUUUAUUGUGGAGUUGGAACCUCCAGGCAUCACCUGUGCCACUGCUGUGUUGGGACACCACAUGGCCGAUGGCCUCUGACGGUAAACGCAACUACAAUAGCAUAGGCUUACAUGGAAGGAUGAGACUAAGCGAGGUACUGCUUUGAAAUGUAUGUCUAGUUUUUUCGCGUUUUGUUUGUUUUACUCUUGUUGCUUGAGGUCGCGUGUCGAAGCAGUGCGCUCUGUGUAUCGAUCACCCUUCUUUGUUGUGGACGUAGGCUUGGCAUCCAGAUCAAUUCCUUGUCCUUUUUCCGCACGUCACCUGCGAAGGCUCCCUUGUGUGGGGAAUUUUUCCUGUUCAAUAGGUAAUGACAAGGCUUU